UUGUACGCAGAAGGGGCGAAUACUAGUUUCCCAGAACACUGGCGUGUACGAGUAGGAGCAGAGCAACGCGACUGAUGACGUUUGAGGAUCCCGAGUGAUGCUGUGACGGAGGAGCGGAGCAACAGCGAAAACAAAAGGGGGCGGCCGGCGAAAGAGGCUGAUCCUCCUCCGCUCUCGCCCGCCAUCCUCUUGGCGCAGCCGGCGUCGGUGGGGGGAAAAAAACGUCAAAUUGCGGCAGAGUUGGAUCGCGGACGCCGCCGGCGUCGCACGCCCACGAGCACGCGUUGCGCCGUUGCUUUGCCCACUCCGCUCGCCAGGGCUGGAUGCUGCCGCCGCUCGCAGCGCCGUGGGCCUCGCGUUCUUCGUCUGCUAGCGGGUGUGCUGCCCAAGUCGGCGUUGGUCGUCGUCUGCUGCUCCCGCUUCUGCAGUGGUGUGCCGGGGCAGUUGCGGCGUCUGCUUCUGGCGAACGGCCUUCCCUACGAUCGAUCGCGCCUCCCCCGCAAGUCCCCGCAAGUCGUGCCGAUGAUCCCUCGACGUGAUAUGUCGCUCUGUUUUCUUGAUCCACCGCCUCGCUGCCGCUAAUCCCUGCCCGACGCGACGCCUCUGCUGCACCGAGUUGAUCGGUCGAGAGAGUGCUUACCAGAGUGGGUGUGUGGGUUUGUGCUUCUUCCGCCCGCGUGUGUGCGCGUGUGAGUGAAUGUGUGCAGUGGUGUGAAAGUUCCGGCGGAAUUCGCCUCGAAUAACCCGCGUUUAGCCGGAGGUGCGAGGUCCGACUUCGUGCGUUGGGUUAUAAACGUUCUCCCUCGCCGGAACCAUGUGCAUCGCAGUGUCUGUUGGAUGAAUGCGGCUAGCCGGAGCUGCGGCGUUUGUGGAGUCGACGGUGUGAAAAAAAGAAAAAGGCGUUCGUCGCCUAUUUCUUCCGCGCUGUGGAGAAGCCAGAGUUUCAGGAGGUAGAGAGAACGGCUACCACAUGCGGCGGCUCUAUUCUGCACGGUGCGUGCAAGUGGCGCUAGAGCGGUGGAUCCAAGGCCCGUUAGGAAAGCCAUCGCCCUCGACUCGCCAUUGAUGAGACGCCGGCUCUUCCUCGGAAGGCGUUGACUUCGGGCAAGGAAACACCUUCGGCUUGCUGCGAACACUCGUGCUUGGUCCCCGCGUUCGCAUGACGGGCUUCGACAAGACUUCGCGGCCGUUGCGAAAUCUAUCCGAGAAGUCGUCGCCGCCGGUUCGACGCUGAGUGCCCUCCGUAAGGGAAGACGUUCUGGCUGCUGUCCCACUCGCCAAGCCACUGCUAGGAUGAGGCGCCUCGGAAGGCCAGUGCAGUUGCAAGGGCGUUUCCAGAGGUCGUAGUAGCGCGCUCGGCGCUAAGGAGAGAGUAUCAUCAGGAGGUCGAGAGUUGCCGGCGCAAGCCUGCCGGUGAUGCGGCGCCGCCGGAACCUCCAGUUGCUCGGCUGGCUCCUGCUGGCCGCGGUGGCGACGCUCGCGCUGCUGGGCGCUCCGCCGUGGCCCUCCGGCGGAGACUACUCGUCCGCGGGCUCGGCGCCGCCCGCGGAGCUGACCCGCCACCCGUUCUGGACGUACGACCCGGCCCUGCGGGAGCCCCGCGACGCCCGCCAGCUGUGCUCGCUGCCCGUGGUGCACCCGCUCCACCCCAGCGUGUGGCCGCACCUCAAGCGCACCGUGCCCAUACAUUGCAAGGUGCGGCAACCUUGGCUGACGUUCGUGGACGUGCGAGGAAACCUGCGUUUCAACUACAGCUCCGGGUACAAGCUCAGUUCCCUGCGCUGCUCGUACACCCCCGCUGAACGGGCCGGAGACGACCGAAUCAAAUACGGAGGCUCCGUGCCGUUCACUCGCGACGGCACGCCUCUCGCGCACGACGUGGUUUACGUUUCGUGCCGGAACUACUUCGAGAUACCCAUCUACUCCAACGUCCACGCAGUGCUGCGCAUUCCAAAGACGGAGAACCUGCGGGACACCCAUGGUGGGAAACAAGCAUCGCCGCCACUCCCGUCCGACACGCAGGAUCGUCCGAGUGUCCUAGUGUUUGGUCUCGACUCGAUCUCGAGGCUGUCGAUGAUGCGACUACUGCCAAAGACAUACACGUUCCUCACCGAUGUUCUGGGCUCGGUCGUCUUUCGGGGAAUGAACAAGGUCGGUGACAACACCUUUCCCAACCUGGUCGCGCUGCUUACCGGCAUGGAGGCCUACACGCAGCUGAAGCAUCCGGGCCCAAAGGGCGAAACCUUCGACGACGUCCAGUUUAUCUGGGACGACUUCAAACGCGACGGAUACCUGACGCUCUUCGCCGAAGAUUUUCCCGAGUAUGGAGUCUUCAACUACCUUGCGCGCGGUUUCAGGGAUCCGCCGACCGAUUUUUAUUUUCGUCCCUACUGCCUCGCCAUGGAGAGCUCGUUCCUGAUGAGGAGCAGCUCGAACCUGUGCUACGGCAACGUUCCCAAGCACAAGCUCCAGAUUGACUACGUCCGGCGGUUCAUCGAAGCCAACAACGGCUCGCAGCCCUACUUCGCCUUCUCGUUCCUCGUCGAGAUAAGCCACGAGUACAUGCAGCAGGUAGCCGCGGCCGACGAAGACAUCGUGCAGUUUCUUACGGAGCUACGGGAUCGCGGCCAUCUUGACAACACGUUCCUCUUCUUCCUCUCCGACCACGGGCACAGGUUCGACUCGAUCCGCGAGACCUUUGUGGGCAGGCUCGAGGAACGGCUGCCUUUCUUCGCCGUCAGACCGCCUUCCAGGUGGUCACUGCUCAAGCAGGCUUUGCCGACUAGCCACGGCAGUCCCGCCAGGGACUCCGUUUUGGCGGACAAUUCGCUCGCCGAGUCCGCAACGGCGAAAUCUCUGCUCGGUGCGCUGCAGUCGAACGCCGGUCGACUAACGACUCCUUACGACACCUACGAGACCUUCAGGGACAUCCUGUUUCUGGGCCGCGACGGGCGUUUCGCCGACAAACCCAAAUCCGACUUCGGCGUCAGCCUGUUUCGCGAGAUCCCUCUUGGCCGAACGUGCGACCUGGCCCGGGUUCCGGAGCAGUACUGCUCGUGCGACGCCGAGGAGCCGGUGGAGCUGACCAGCAAGAUCGUCGAGAAGGCGGCGCUGGCGCUCGUCGACAAGGUCAACAGCCUGCUCGAAGCGGGCCUGGGGAACAUUUCGUCCCGGUGCGCGCACCUCACUAUUCGCAGGAUUCAGGACGCGCGAGAGGUGUUCAGCAGCGUCCGAAGCUCGUCGUCCUCGUCACUGUCCUCGAGCUCUUCGUACCCGACCAACGUGGCGGGCCGCGCAUCCACCGACGUCAGCCGUCAUUCUGUGGGCGUGCGAAGGUUGCGCGUGACCGUAGUGGUGCGCCCCAGCGACGCCAUGUUGGAGGGCCUGCUCCUCGUGCGGGAAGACCAGCGGCCCGUCGUCUUCGACGACGUUAGCCGCAUCAAUAAGUACGGCCGUCAGUCGUCUUGCAUCGAGCACCAGACGCUGAGGAAGUACUGCUAUUGCAUCCAAAAUGAAUAGCCGACGUCGACCUCGAUUACUUUCGAAUGCUGGUUGCGAGGAAGAGGGCGCUUCUCCUGGAGAACCUAGACCAUAGAGAAUGUAGAGACAAAGAUCCUGCUUGUUCAUUUUUUUAUGUCCACGUGAUUAGUGUUCUACAGUACUGACACAUUUCUUGUGUUUGUUUGGCAGUGUGUUUUGUUGAGCCUCUCGGUGCCAGCGGCGCAAUACUGACAGCAUGUGUGAUACCUAACCGAUCAUCGCCCGCUCGCAACGCGUGAAGCUGUUGCGUCGUCGCUCAUUGUCAAGAAUUGACGUAUGAAGGGCUUAAGACUCUAUCGAGGCGUUAUUAGAGUUUGCACUUGCCAUAUCUAUAGUAGUUUGAUUAUUCACAAAUAAUGAGUGAAUAUUGACGGGUGCCUCAUCAAUUGUUUGGCGAGUCAUGUUCCAUCUGAAUGAGUGGUGUGAAAUUGCCGCUAACUCAUGGUUUGUUUCGUCAAAGCAGGUACAGUGCGGUGCGAAGACGAGUGACAGAUUUCUAUAAUCGAGACGUGGCAUUUCCGUACAAAGCUGCCAGAAAAGGGUGUUACACCUGUGAGUCACUUCAGGAAACAGAGCUAACUGAAUGUAAUUCUGCGUUGAGCUCGGCUUGCUUGCAGUUGCGCUUGGCGCAAGCGCAGUGUCUGCGUUUUCCUGCCUCUCGUGUGGUAGGUAACUCAAGGAUUCGUGCCGUAGGGGAUUCUAGAAUUUACUGUCCUCGUGCGCAGUUAUUUUCGAAGAGUAGCUUCACUUGGCCGGGCAGUUAAGUAGUCGAAAGCUUUCUGAGGAAGAGGUUUUUCUACAGUUGAAAUGUUGCAGUAUUGCCCAAGAGAACAAAACUCAGUACGAGAUCCUUGCGGCAUAAAUUUUUGGAAGAAAAGAUACUUCUGAUCUACUUCUAUCGUGGCAAACCUGAACGUAAUUUUGGAUGGCGCGGAAUCUCAAAAUUCAGUUUCUCGCUUUCGCGCCUCUUCCUACAGACAGUUAUAACGAUGCGUUGUUGAAUUAAUUAGAGACGGUGCUAACGCACGCUACUAGAUUACUAAUUACUAGAUUACGUUUGGCAAAAGCAUGGACAGUUCAUUCAUUUGUGACAAGCGGUUCUAAGGUAAGGCUUAGAAAAGAUUUCUGAUCAAUACGAUGGUAGCUUCAUGGAAACACCUGUAAUGUUCUGCAGGUUAUUAUAUCAGGGCGUUUGUCAGUUUGAGCUAAGCGCUUAUAGCUAAUUUAACACGCACGGUACCUGGCGCGUCUAACAGGAAGCAUAAGGAUAGAAAAACUCGCUCGACGACCGUGUUCUACCCCGACGGCCGUGCUCUACACCGACGAAUUUCUUGCGUUUCGAAGGUAGACCACUUUGUUCAUUUUAUUGUGCAGACCUGUUAGCUUUGGCGUGAUAGCGUAGAGGAACACCGCGCUAGGCUCUGGCCACAUGCAUCAAUUCAAUUCAACGUGCUCGAAACAUAAUCACUGAUGGAUCCACGAUGGGACUGCUUCUUGAAGAAGAUCCGGAGCUUGCUCACUGUGUGACCAAUGUGCCCAUAAGUGUGCCGACUACGAGCACUGCAGAAGGCAGUGAUACGUGAAACGUGUGUGUGCGGGUGUGUUUUUGUACGUUUGCGAGGAGACUUCAAUACUGACUGCUUCGAUGAACAUUUUCCCAAGUGUUGUUUUGGGUGAAUCGUCUCAUGUCACUCCGGGGCAACUAACUUUUAAUUUCUUUUUGGUCUUUGUUCUGCAAGAUCGCAGUGUAGUGCAGUGAAGUGAAUCGCAUCGCGUGUUUGUGUGUCCGUGUGCGCAGUGUUUCAACAAGCGACAUUGUCUUUCGGCUUGUGGAUCGCUGGCGAUCCCGAACAUUGUCAACUUUGUUGUCUCUGCUUCACGGUGUCUUGUCCGUUAACCUACAAUGCUGACAGGCAUCAGCAGUUGGAACGGCGUUUUCCUUUCCUGAGUAUCUAUCUUGUAGGUGUGAAACCCAUAAUUUAAAUCAAUUUGUGUGGAGAAACCGACGCAUGGCGACAUUCGUUGCCCGUUUUCCACGCCUCUUGGAAUGUGUGAAUUUGUUGGAAACCUCUUGAGUUCUUGCUUUGCUUGGCAGGCCCACUUUAUUUUUCGUAGGCCUGCUUUGUUCUGCGUGCUAAGCUUGCAUAUUACUGUUUCCGUUCGCGAGCCGUGUGUCGCGACUACGUCACUUUGACGUGCAUUCAUUUGCCCACGACAUAUAAUGUGUGCACUUGGGAGGCAGCAUGGGCGUCAAGAUAAUGCUGCCACGUGACUUUUCUCCAGCGAGUUCAUUUCACGAUCCGGUCAUCAGUUAUCAAGCAAAUCUUCUUUGAUUCCGUUUUGCAGAAAGUGUUUUGGCCUGUUCUCUUUAAAUUGAAAAGCCGUAUAUUAUUGUCUCCCGUUCCGUGGCGUGCCACAUCGUAGAAGUGACGCCGGAAGUAAAAAAAACAAAACACAAGACAAACAAACUCUGAAAGAGCAGUUACUACACACGGCUCCUUCUCUGUUUUUUUUUUCCAAGAGUGAAACUGUUUGUUCUUCGGCACAGUGUUUUAGGUGCCCGCAAUGCCUUGAAACCGCAGUUACUAGUCAUCAUCAGGGUCUCCCGUUUCUGCUCAAAGCACAAGCUACCGCCUUUGACAAAUCCUCGACGUGUUCAAGCUUAGCGUGUGUAAAAUAUUGUUUUUACGACAACCCACUCUGAACCUCGUUGACCACAAUGCCUCGCGAAGACACUAAAACGUCCCGGUAGAGACGUCACAUGCCUCUCCGACCUCUACAGACGCUCCGGUUUUUUCUGGCCCGUGUAAUCUAGCAAGCCGCUGCAUUUUUCUUGGUGGGGGUCAGACUACAUCUGGCCUGGCUUUCUCGUUAGCGUUAGGUGUCCGCAACGAAUAAAUGUCUGUUUCCUUGG